GUAAUUACACCGGGGCAGUGUGGUUGCAGCCGAUACCAGCUGCCUUCUUUGUGCUUUUUAGCUAAUUAUCACAAGCCAAUCAACUAAUUGAGCUCAGAAAACGAGUAGUUGCCAUAGGUUAACGUUACAUGUUGCGCAAUGAAUGUGACGGUGAAAGUGACUUCCUGCGGAUAAAACAAGCUAGCUUAGCUAGCUAGCUCGGUGGGUUUGGGUUAAAUCGAACAACUUUGGGUCUCUCUCCGUUGAGACGCAAAGUGGACUGUGUAACUGUCUGGGUGUUCAGAGGGUCUGAUACUUUCUCAGCUCUUUUUUGGACGUCUUAUCUACUUCAAAUGGCUUUAGUAACAACGUUAAGAAGACUGGCUCACUUUAGUUUAAGAGAAUAUUCGCGGAGGACGGCUGUAGUAACUUCGGGUGCCUGGCUGACGGGUCAGAGGAGUUUUACCACCGGCACACAGUCUUUGAGGUCAGGCAAUAAGGUGACGGUCCACUUCAUCAACAGAGACGGGGAGAAGAUCACAGCGAAGGGGUCGCCUGGAGACUCACUGCUAGAUCUUGUCAUUAAUGAAGACCUUGACUUUGAUGGCUUUGGAGCGUGUGAGGGAACCCUGGCGUGCUCCACAUGCCAUCUGAUCUUUGACGAGGAAGUCUACAAGAAUCUGGGGCCAGUCACAGACGAGGAGAUGGACAUGCUAGACUUAGCCUAUGGCCUGACGGACACAUCUCGUCUGGGUUGCCAGAUCUGUCUGACGAAGUCUCUGGAGGGCAUGGUGGCCAGGGUUCCAGAGAGUGUAGCGGACAUCCGACAGAACAAAGACGAAUCGUCUUAACUGGGAACCUGCGGAUGCAGACCGUGCGGUUGUGCCUGGUCAGAAGUGAGGGUACGACAUGUGUGCACAGGGACGAUGGUAGGUAUAAAUCUGUCAGCACUGCUGUAUCUGCUCGGCUGCCACCAAAAAAAAAAAAACCCCUUCAAAGUCAGACAGCUAGCACCAGCUCUCAAUAACCAGGAUAGAAGAAUACAUGACUUUGACUCACAAAUCAAGACAAUUUUUUUUUUUUAUAGAAAGUAAAACUGCAGUAGGAAAGAUUUUUAGAGGAAAACAGUCUUUAUAACCUUUUUAGAGAACCUUGCCGCCUUAGUGUGAGGAACAAUGUAUUAGGAUAUGUAGAUAGAUUAAUUAAUAAAUAAAUAUACUCACUCAAAGCCAAGACAAACCUAUGGUGGCACCCCGGUAGCUCACCCCCCGACUCUUAGCUGUCCCUAUCUAAUAAAAGCAAAAAAGCCCAUUAAAAUAAUCUUAAAAGAAAGACAACUAUAUCAUAACUCUGUUAAUCCGCCCUGAUUUUUACUCACUGUCAGAAAAAUGUUUUAGACUUUUAUUUGUUGCUGUGGAUGAAACAUGAACAUCAGUUUACAGCACACACCAGGAUUUUGGUCAUUCAAUAACACUCAGACUCCAGCCUGUCACUGCUAUACACCUCCAGUUUGUGGCUGUGCCCUCGAUUCUCUGAAAGUAUCUUGUAACUAUGACUGAAUUUACACACACACACACUUGCAUAAAGAGAUUUGUACCCAUGCAGGAUUAAUUUUAUUUUAACUCUGGGGCUACAGAUCUGGUAUACAUUUUGAGAUUCCUUCUUUUCGUGUGUAAAUUCAGUCAUAUUCACCGAACAAGGGGAAGGAAAAGGUACGCAGCUGCUUGCAGCCUGUGACUGAAAUGUUUGUGAACCAAGCGACUAACAGUUCUCCAUGCCUUAGAGAUUGUGCUGAUGCUGACAUCCCCCAACACAUUUUAUUCUACACACAUGUAUACCCCUACUAUUGUUGGUUUGAUCAAUCCUUCAUGUAACCAAAUAAUUUCAUCAUGUGAUUGUACAUAGCUAGAACACACAUAUCUAUGUAUAGAGUGAAAAAUAACGUAAUAAAAAAAUCACCUUUCUAA